GGAUUUCAGGAAAAGAACGUGAGGGUGAGCAUGCGCAACGGGGCGCCGUCGAUGAGGCGAUAGGCUGAGAAAUAGGUUAGCGCCGCCCUGUCUCCCUUCCUUUGCCUAGUUGCGGUGUGGGGGAGGGUGGGAUCAACACCAGCGAUGGCGGCUACGGAGGCGGCUGUGGUGGAAGCGGAAUCCUCCGAUCGGUUCCAGCAGCUGUUGCAGCAGCCGGGCAGGUCUCUAGUGGUGGUUCACUUUUGGGCCCCAUGGGCUCCUCAAUGUGUUCAAAUGAACAAUGUAAUGGCUGAAUUGGCAAAAGAACACACACGUGUUACAUUUGUGAAACUGGAAGCUGAAGCGGUUCCUGAAGUGUCUGAGAAAUAUGAAAUUACUUCUGUUCCAACAUUCUUGUUUUUUAAGAAUUCCCAAAAGAUCGAUCGAUUAGAUGGUGCUCAUGCACCUGAAUUGACCAAGAAGGUUCAGCGCCAUGCCACUAGCUCAUCCGUUCCAGCCGGUUCUAAUGAUGGGGCUAAAGAGGAUCUUAAUGUGCGACUCAAGAAGCUGAUUAACGCUGCCCCUUGCAUGUUAUUUAUGAAGGGAACACCUCAGGAGCCUCGUUGCGGCUUCAGCAGACAAAUAGUGGAGAUUCUUAACAAACGUAACAUUGUGUUUAGCAGCUUCGAUAUCUUUUCUGAUGAAGAAGUACGUCAAGGACUGAAAAUCUAUUCCAGCUGGCCUACUUAUCCACAGUUGUAUGUGGCUGGAGAACUUAUAGGUGGGCUGGAUAUUGUCAAGGAGUUGGAGGCUUCUGGAGAACUGGAUAGCAUUUGUCCCAGGGCACACAAAUUGGAGGACAGACUCAAAGAGCUGAUCACUAAAGCUUCAGUGAUGCUGUUUAUGAAAGGAAAUAAGCAGGUGGCAAAGUGUGGCUUCAGCAAGCAAAUCAUAGAAAUCUUAAACAAUACUGGUAUUGAUUAUGAGACAUUCGAUAUAUUGGAGGAUGAAGAGGUGCGGCAAGGUUUAAAAAAGUAUUCAAACUGGCCAACCUACCCGCAGUUAUAUGUAAAAGGUGAACUUGUUGGAGGGCUUGAUAUUGUUAAGGAAUUGAAUGAAAAUGGAGAAUUAUCAUCUGUUUUGAAAGGCGAAAAUUAAUGCAAAUGGACAUAUUAAUAAAAAUCAAAAACAAAAAUAUACAAAAAAUUGCACUGGAACAAUUCAUGAUUGAACCCUGACAGAAGGAAUAGAACACAGCUUCUGACUGUUUGUCAUACUUCACAAGGCCAUGCUAGAGUUGUAUGUAAAUGUAGAUUUUUGCCCUGAUUGUAAAGUUGUGACCAUCUUCAAACUGAAUUAAAGUUUGAAUGUUCAAAA